GGCAAAGUGCCUGUUGGUUGAGGAUAAUGUGUGAGGGCACGAUAUACGGAAUCGCUCUAUGACGAUAUGGGGUCCUCUUGAGCACCAAGCAGACAAAUGUGGGACUUUUGACGGAGAAUGAGAUAUAGAAACCGUAGAUAUAUCAGGGGAACCUUAUUCCUCUUGGUGCUCGGUGGAUUUGCCUUAUGGAGGACCGCCUUGCAGCCGGAUGCGGCCGUCGACACAGAUUUUAUCGACGAUGGAAUCAUCAUCCGAAGCGAUAGCAUUAAACAUGCCUCAAGAAAGUUGCUUGCCAUGCCAAACUGUAGUCCAUCUGCCAUUGAACAGUUUCCUCGUGACAUCUUCACAUUGGACCAGAAAAAGUCGGGCGCUCUGGUCGUCCAUAUCCUGGUGGCCCUCUAUAUGUUCCUAGCUCUAGCUAUUGUCUGUGAUGAUUACUUUGUGCCUUCUUUGGAGAUGCUGUGUGAAGCACUAAAUCUCCAAUCAGACAUAGCGGGGGCAACUUUUAUGGCAGCAGGGAGUUCAGCUCCAGAACUGGCAGCAUCUGUGAUAGGGGUUUUUAUAGCUAAAAAUGACAUUGGUCUAGGGACAGUAGUGGGAUCUGCUGUAUUUAAUAUUAUGUUUGUGAUCAGCAUCUGUGCUUUAUUUGCGGGAAUGGUAGUUUACUUAAACUGGUGGCCUUUAUUCAGAGACUGUGUUUUCUACACAAUCAGUAUUAUAGCUUUAGUCCUAGUAAUUCUUGACGAAGAAGUCAAAUGGUAUGAGUCUCUAACCCUGUUAGCCCUCUAUGCAGUGUACUUGAUCAUCAUGUAUUUCAAUCCCUCCCUGGAGGCCUGGGUGAACACGAAAGUCAAGCCCUGUCAUGACGGGUUGAUCAUCAAUGGAAGACAGGACCCAGAGAAGGAGAAAAUCAUUUAUGAGAAGCUGGAACUUAAGAAUACCGCAUCAGGGGAUGAUAGUGAAUCUGACGGAGAAGUGGAGCUUUACUCUUCAGUUUCCAAGAGGAAUCUUGACAAAACAAAUGGCCAUGCUGUAGUUAUACAUGGCACUGACUCAGAGGUUAUGGUGAAGCAGCACACCCAUUUGGAUGAUGAACCACACCCAUUCAAGAUCCCCGAGGGCCACUGUGGACGUUUUCUCUGGGUGUGUUCUCUCCCUCUGAAUGUCUUCCUGUUCAUCACUGUCCCUGACUGCCGCAGAGAGAACUGGAAGAAGUGGUUCAUGGUGACUUUCAUCAUGUCCAUGGUUUGGAUCUCUGCAUACUCCUAUCUACUGGUGUGGAUGAUCACUAUUAUAGGUUACACCCUGAAUAUCCCAGAUACAAUGAUGAGUAUCACAUUCCUGGCAGCUGGAGUCAGUGUUCCAGAUGCCAUUGCCAGUCUUCUGGUGGUCAGGGAUGGUUAUGGUGACAUGGCAGUGUCCAAUGCUGUAGGGAGUAAUGUGUUUGAUAUUCUACUGUGCCUGGGUCUCCCCUGGUUUCUAGACUCCUGUAUGCAUGGUCUGGAGUCAAUAGAAGUCUACAGUGAAGGUCUGACCUACUCCUCCUUGACCCUGCUGUCCACUGUGAUGUUCCUCCUAGUGGCCACUCACUUAAACGGCUGGAAACUGGACAGGAAGUUUGGCAUCGUGCUCAUGCUAGUCUACGUCCUCUUCAUGGUGCUGGCCUCUCUGUAUGAACUUAAUGUAUUUGGCUACUUCCACCCACCAGAGUGUCCAGUUUUAGAAGAAGAUUAGCGUGAUACUGAAUUACUAUUUAUAGUUGAAUACUUUUUUCAUUCCCCCCCCCCCCUUUUUUUUUUUGUAAGUGCCUAUGCAUACUAUUUUGUCACUGUAGGAUGGGGAUCUUGGGUAUGUGUUUGUGGUGCACAGGGAUGAUUUUUCUGACUUUUUGGGACCGAAAAAUAUCAUAGGGCCAGGCUUUCCCCUGGACCCCAAACCAUAUUUGUCGAUAUUUUCACUAUUUUCCCUGGAUGCAUGGAAGAGUGCAAUUGCAAAUAUACAAGUGGAAAUGAGGUACAGCAUGUGUAUCCCUAAUUGAAGUUAUGUGAAGUAUUUUAUAUUGGGUUAUAUUGAACCAUUUCCCUACUUCCAUGCAAUGCUCCCAUUGGAUUGUUGACAGUCCCAUGACCUGCUCAGGCAUUUAUCAUUUAGACAGUGGAAGAACUAGCCCCAUAUUUUGGGAUAAGGCAUUUAUUACAAUAGUAUGGUUUAUUGUUUAGUGUGCCAUUUAUUGAGAGGACUGUGGUAUGUACAUAGCAACAGCUUUGGUGAUUCUAAUAUUUGGUAAAAAAAAAAAAAAAGUUUUGAGUGUUUAUAAGUGCACAUAAACCGACAUGAAAAUAUUGUCAUUGAAAGGUCUCUCAAACAAGACUAUGACAGAAAAUGUUGGUAGUUUGAUAGGAUUUUAUUUAUAUUUUAUCUAUUAUUGGAAUGAUACGUGUGCAUAUACCUCUGCCAAACUAAUCAUGUACCAAACUAUUCAUUUACCCUGUGGUAUCUAACAAUACUGUAACUAGUAUAGUUGUAUCUAAAUCAAGGUUUACCUUUAGUGCAAUAAAAUGUCAUACAUACAUACAUACAUAGAUACAUACAUACAUACAUACAUACAUACAUUUGUGCAUGUGCAUACACGUGCACACACACACGCGCACACACACACACACACACACACACAACAGCCCAACAUUCCUUGCGUAGGGCUUUUUGUUUUUUGCAAGGAUGAAUUAAAGAGCCCAAAUAUACUCAAAAUGUAUCUUACAGCUGCCAUUUUAAUUUGCCAUUUACAUCUAACACAUUAUUCAUGAGGUAUUCAAAUAUUUAAUCUCUUAAAUCUUUUUCUUGGAAAGAAAUUAUACAUUAUCUCUAGUGGUGUUUGAACAUUUUGUGCAAUCUUUUGAAGGUGCUUCAGACAACAGCAUUAGUUUUAUUAUUUAAAAAAAAAUCAUUCUCAGUUUCCUAUAUAGAGUGGAAAGGAACAAUCUCAUGUUUACAGAAUUUACUGAAGAUCUUAUUCAAAAUAAAUUUUGAUCUUAUAUACAAGAGAAAGAUGUCUGCAAAAAUCCACUUGCUCAAACAUGCGCACAUAAAUGCUCAUUCAGGAAUGCACUCUGUGAACUGAAAAAUGUAUUGUUCUUUUAAGGCCGGCAUAAUUUUUAGAUUAUUCCCUUUAACCACAUCUGCAUAGUUUUGUUUUCGCAAACAUUUACACUGACAAGCUCACCUUAUAUUACUAUUUACCAGAUAAAUCAUUCUAUAAUAUUUUAUAAUACAUUACAUUCACUACUCACAAUAAUCAUAUAAAUCUUCAGUCAAUCACGAUGAUUGAAUAUUGAAUUUUGUGAUAAAUUCAAUACGUCACAGUUCAUCCAUUUAUUUAUCACAUUUAAAAGUGCUUUAGCCUUGUACUGCUGAUUAUGUUCUUUUAAAGCUUAUAGUAGAAUGUGCUAGUUUAGUGGAAGAAUUUUAUGUGUGUAGACAUGAUUAAUGACUUUAAAACCACGAUUAUUUAGUUGAAAUUAAAAAUAAAAUAAAAUUAAAAAAAACUUCAAGGGGAAGUAUUAAUUGAUUGGGAAAAAUUAGCAUGAUAAUUUCAAAUUUGUAAAAUAUAUAUUUAAUGUAUUUGGUGAGUAAUAGAGUAAUGAAUUGUUGAUGGAUUUUAGGCUUCUUUUUGGUCAUCAAAUGUAGCGUGAUUUUUCUUAGUAAUUAUGCUAUAUAAAAAGAUAUAUCUCUCUCCUUCAUGAUCCCAUCCGUAGCCACAAUGGUUAAUCUGAUGUAGAUCUGAACAUUCUGAUUUUUUUAUUACCACAUCCAUAUUUAUGCAAAAGGGAGAAGAACGAAGAGACGCACUGUCUUUACGGUAAAAGUACAAAGAUUAGGCUUAGAUCAUUUGAAAGUUAGAAUUGACUGAGCGUGGCCAUAUGAAUUGCAAUACAAUUGCAUUUAAAGAUAUUAUUGCUCUAUUUAUAUGAUAUUAAAUCGACCAUGUUGAAUUUUCUCAAUUUUAACUCUAACUGUAUUAAGAAGUAUUUUUAUAGAACACCGUUAAAAUUGUAAGCUGACUGCUAGCUAUUGGUAAUGUAACCGAAUUUAUGUGUAGUUUUAUUUAUGGCUAGCUGAAUAAACGGGUUCAAAUUA